AUGGAUACAGGCUUUCAGUCGGUGAUAAGAUUGAUGGCAGCUCUGUCUACAAAUAUGUUGGCAGUCAACAUGUUACUGAGUGUCUUCUUUCUUCCAGGUGCUUUGGCUGCUUGUCUCAAACAUCCAGCCCUCUUCAUCACUGCACCGCUGAAGAUGGAAGCACUGAGUGGAUCUUGUUUGCAGAUCCCGUGUAACUUUAGCGCUAAAGUAGCAAGAGAAUUUGAUGGCAGCAGACAAACCUUUGGAGUGUGGAUUAAAAGUCAUCUCAGUUUUGGCACCUAUCCAGAAAAUGUGAUUUUCAACAGUAGUCAGACUGUUAACCCCUAUCCAAUGAAAAUAACUGGAAACCUGAAUGAGACAAACUGCACCACUCUAUUUUCCAAUUUAAACACAACAUAUACAGACAAAUACUUCUUCAGAAUUGAGAACAGGCCAUUCCUGGCAACAGCCGAUUGUGAUCCUCUUCAAAUAACAGUCACAGAUUCUCCUCCAAGCCCCACAAUUGAAAUCUCAGGUGAGCUGAAGGAGAAGGAGUCUGUCACUAUAACCUGCUCAGCUUUCACUCCCUGUCCACACUCCCCUCCUAAACUCACCUGGAAUCUCCAACAAGACGCUCACAACAAAAUAGAGGAGAACACAGAUCGAACCUUUACCACUAAAAUCCAGAAGACUAUCACUCUGUCUGACAAGCAGGACGGAUACACCAUCACCUGUUCUUCCAUCUACUCUGUGAAUGAAGGACAAAAUGUUAAGUCAGCAGAGGGAAAAGUGACUCUCAAUGUUUCAUAUGCUCCUAAAGACACCUCAGCAAUGAUCAGUCCAUCAGGUUUGGUGUCACCAGGUAGCUGGGUGAACCUGACCUGCUCCAGCAGAGCCAAGCCUGCCGCCAACUUCACCUGGUUCAAGAUCAACAAAGAUGGACUCAUGAAAGUGUCUGAAAUAGACUUUUACAGAUUCAAUGUGACAGAUGGAGGAAAUUAUUACUGUGUGGCCUCAAAUGAUGUUGGUAAUCAGUCGUCAUCACAGAUCCAUCUGACUAUUAAAGAUUCUCCUCCGAGCCCCACAAUUGAAAUCCCAGGUGAGCUGAAGGAGAGGGAGUCUGUCACUAUAACCUGCUCAGCUUUCACUCCCUGUACACACUCCCCUCCUAAACUCACCUGGAAUCUCCAACAAGACGCUCACAACAAAAUAGACGAGAACACAGAUCGAACCUUUACCACUAAAAUCCAGAAGACCAUCACUCUGUCUGACAAGCAGGACGGAUACACCAUCACCUGUUCUUCCAUCUACUCUGUGAAUGAAGGACAAAAUGUUAAGUCAGCAGAGGGAAAAGUGACUCUCAAUGUUUCAUAUGCUCCUAAAAACACCUCAGCAAUGAUCAGUCCAUCAGGUUUGGUGUCACCAGGUAGCUGGGUGAACCUGACCUGCUCCAGCAGAGCCAAGCCUGCCGCCAACUUCACCUGGUUCAAGAUCAACAAAGAUGGACCCAUGAAAGUAUCUGAAGGAGACUUCUACAGCUUCAAUGUGACAGAUGGAGGAGUUUAUUACUGUUUGGCCACAAAUAAUGUUGGUAAUCAGAUGUCAUCAGAGAUCCAUCUGACUAUUAAAGAACCAGAAAUGUCUUUUCAGUGGGGGGCAGUUCUUGGAGGAAUCAUUGGGAUCAUCGUACUCAUCUGCCUGGUUGUUUGUGUGUCAGCCUGGAAGAGGAGAAAGCACAAUGAGAGUAGACAAAGUGCAUUGCUGCAAUGCCACAGCAAGGAGGAGAGCUCACAGGCAGGACAGAGCACCACAAACCCCCACUGCCUUAGCCAUCUCCGACAACACUUCUACAGAGACACUGCAUCACCGGCCCUCUCACGACAGACGGAGCAGCCCAGGCUGAAGCAAGUCAUAGUGCAGUCAGACCCCGCAGAAGCUGGGUUUUGCUCAGGCAAAGGUCAAACAGGUGACAAGCUGGCUGUCGAAGAGCCAGCCAGUAAAGCAGAAGAAGAAAAAGAAGAGGAAGGAGGAGAAAACAUCCAUUAUGGAGAGAUUGAAUUCCACAAAUCGAGAUCUGAACCAUCCUCAGUACAGGACAGCAUACAGCAGCAGGAUACGGUGUAUGCCCAGAUCAAAGUGUCUGAACCAACAAACAGCUUAACACAGACUACUGACAGUCCAGAGAACCUGUAUGCUCAAGUGAAGAAAAAAUGA